UCGGUGCUGUUACGAGUCAAGUACAAGUUGCGGAGGCACCAGAAAGCCAAAAGCACCGUCCCCAAGAUGUUCCAGGACGUUGUCCGCAGGCACCCCGACAAAGUGGCCCUGAUUUACGAAGCCACCGGCGAGCAGUGGACCUUCAGGAGGCUGGACGAGUACUCCAACGCCGUGGCUAACUACUUCUACCAGCAAGGCUUCCGGCUGGGGGACGUCAUCGCCAUCUUCAUGGAGAGCCGCCCCGAGUUUGUCGGCCUCUGGCUGGGGAUGGCGAAAAUCGGCAUCGAGGCGGCUCUCAUCAACUUCAACUUGCGCCUGGACUCCCUGGUGUACUGCGUGACGGCCUCGGGCGCAAAAGCCGUGAUCUUCGGCGGGGAGCUGGCUGCGGCGAUCGCGGAGGUGAACGGGAUGUUGGGGAAGAACAUGGCGAAAUUCUGCUCUGGGGACUAUAACCCGGCUGUCGUUCCCGUGGACACCAGACACCUCGAUCCUCUCCUCAGUGCUGCGGCGAAGUCGCCCCCGGCUCAGACUCCGGCCAAAGGUUUAGACGGUAACAUCAUGGGAGUUGGGCAGUGCCUCAUCCACGGCCUCACCGUGGUGAUCCGGAAGAAGUUCUCGGCCAGUCGCUUCUGGGACGACUGCGUGAAAUACCGAUGCACG